GCCGCCCCCCGCGCCCGCCGGACACCCCCAGAGCGCCCCGAGCCCCGCCGCGUCCGACAUGAGGGAGAAGGGCCGCAAGAAGAAGGGCAGGACCUGGGCAGAGGCCGCCCGGACGGUCCUGGAGAAAUAUCCCAACACACCCAUGAGCCAUAAAGAGAUCCUUCAAGUUAUCCAGAAAGAAGGACUUAAGGAAAUCAGCGGGACGUCCCCCCUGGCCUGCCUGAAUGCCAUGCUGCACACCAACUCCCGGGGAGAGGAGGGCAUCUUCUACAAGGUGCCAGGCAGGAUGGGCGUCUACACCCUCAAGAAGGACAUCCCAGAUGGGCUGAAGGAGCUGUCGGAGGGCUCGGAGGAGAGCAGUGAUGGCCACUCAGACUCGCAGAGCUCGGAGCACAGCAGCUCCAGCAGCGACGGCUGCGCCGCCAAGGACAGGAGGAAGAGCAGGUGGAAAAGGAAAGUGCCGCCGCGCCUGCCGCCCGCCGGCUCCCCGCAGCCCGGCUGUCCCUCCCCGGCCGGCCCCGCCAAGGGCCUCUCCUCCUCCCAGAAGCACAGCAAGAAGGCCCUCAAGCAGGCCCUGAAGCAGCAGCAGCAGAAGCAGCAGCAGCAGCAGCAGUGCCGGGCGGGCAUGGGGCCGGGCAUGGCCCUGCCCUCCAGCCAGCACGUCCUGCUCAAGGCCAAGGCCACCCCCGGGAGGUCAGGUUGGGAAGGGAAGCAGGCAGAUGGACAUUCCAGCAGCCCCCCAAACUCCACCUCCAGCUCCUCGCCCUCGGUGAAGCUCGAGAACUCCCUGCCAGGGCUGCCCAAGAAGCCCUUCCCCAGAUCUGACAGGCUCCAUGCAAGGCAGCUGAAGAGAGCGCGCUGCGCCGAGAUCGACGUGGAGACGCCGGACUCCAUCCUGGUGAACACCAACCUGCGGGCCCUGAUCAACAAGCACACCUUCAGCCUGCUGCCCCCCGAGGGCCAGCAGCGCCUGCUGCUGCUGCUGCCCGACGUGGACAGACAGGUGGGCCCUGACGGGCUGAUGAAGCUCAGCAGCUCCGCACUCAACAACGAGUUCUUCACCUCGGCUGCUCAGGGCUGGAAGGAGAGGCUGUCAGAAGGAGAGUUCACCCCGGAAAUGCAGCUCCGGAUCCGGCAGGAAAUCGAGAAGGAGAAGAAGGUGGAGCUGUGGAAGGAGCACUUCUUUGAGAGCUACUACGGGCAGAGUUCUGGGCUGAGCCCCGAGGAGUCGGAGCGACUGACAGCGCAGCCCGAGGCGGCAGAGCCCGGCCGGCCCCGCAGCCCCCCGGCCCCGUGCCGGGAGCAGGGCACGUCCGCAUCCCCCUCGGAGCCCCAGGCAGCCCCAGCAGCCGGCAGGAAAGCAGGAGAGGAGGGCAGAGAGGAGCCGCAGCCCAAGGCAGCCAAGCCCGCCGAGGCGUCCCCGGAGCGGCGAGCGGCGAGAGCCGGCGAGUGGCCCGGGCCUGGCCAGGAGAGAGCUCCUGGAGAAACCCUGCCCCAGAAACCCCCCAGCACCGUCAGCCACGGGGCAGAGGAGCAGAGGAAGCCUGGGGCAGCCAAGGAGGCACCAGGAAAGGAAUCUCUGGGUGCCCCGAGCAAACCAAAGAGCCCCGAGGCAGGCGGGGGAGCGGCGAAGGCGCAGAGCCCCGCGGCAGCCCCGGCCACGCUGGAGAAGGAGAAGGAGAAGGAGAAGAAGCCCCCCGGGAGCGAGGCCAUGGAGGUUGGGGUGGAGGCCCACAAGAGGAAGUCGGAGAGCAGGGAGGAAGCUCCAGGCAGCCCCGAGAAGAAGCCCCGUGUGGCUGAGCCCUGCCAGCACCAGCAGGCCUUUCGGAGGCAGCCCUUUCCCGGCGCGGGGCCGGCGGUGCCGCGGGUGCCCCCGCUCAAGAUUCCCGUGUCCAGAAUCUCCCCGAUGCCAUUUCCUGCGGGCCAGGUCUCUCCCAGGGCGUGCUUCCCCCUGUCCCUCAGCAGUCCUGGCAGGACAGGGGCCAGGACCUUGGCCGACAUCAAGGCAAGAGCUCAGCAGGCCAAGGCUCAGAGGGCAGCGGCCGCCGCCGCCGCCGCCUCGGCCGGGGGGGCCGUGCCAGGGCCCGGCCCGGGCGGGGGGAGACCCCCGGGCAGGGGGGGAGACGGGAGAGACCCCGGCGGAGCCACCCAAGCUGCAGCUGGAGCAAAGGCACUGGAACUGGCAGGAACUGGAAGCGGGGGAGGUUCGAGAAGGUUUCUUCCCCAUUGCCCAGGGCCCCGUUCCCAGGUGGAGGGCCAGGCGGAGCCGGGAGCUGCUCGCCAUCCUCCUGGAGCACAACUACAGCCAGGGGCCCCCGCGGCAGCCCCGGCGCUAGGGAACGGCGCUGGGGCCACGCCGAGCCCCCCGCGGGGCACGGCCACCCCCGGGUCCCCGGGGAUCCCCAGUGGGGACCGGGCAGGGACGGCCCCUCCUGCCCCGGCCCGGGGGGCUCCGGUGGCUGGGAACGGGAACGGUCCUUCAGCAGGGACCGCCUGUGACCUCCCCAAAGGCAAAUCUCCUUCCCCUCUGGUGUCCCCCCCGCCACCCACGGGCCCCGGAGCCCAGGCUGGAGCUGUGGGUGCACCCGUCCCACCCUCCAGCAGCUCCUCAGUAGCAGCCAGCCUUAAGUCUCCUCCCGGUGGGGCCCUGCCCCGAGCGAGCUCCAGCAUUCCUGCCAACAACCCUUUGGUCACCCAGCUGCUCCAGGGCAAGAGUGUCCCUCUGGAGCAGAUCCUGCCCAAGCCGCUGACCAAAGCAGAAAUGAAAAGUGUCCCGGUGGCUCCUCAGGAAGAGAAGGGGGUGGCAGCUCCCGGCGCCGAGGCGGGGGACAGAGCAUCGGGUUUGCCCCCGCAGCACCUUGGGAAGCUCUUCUGCCAGAACAGGCCUCUGCCUCACAUUCCAAGGACCUUCCCACUCCCCUCGGGAAAGGAGCCCGGGCCUGAGCAGCACCAGGGCCACGAGGCGCUGAGCAAAUCCACCCAGGAGCAGAUCCUGCAGACUCUCAUCAAGAGGGUGCAGAGGCAGAACGUGCUGCCCGUCCUUCAGCCCUCGCAGCUGAACCUCCCGCACUCAGGUUUCCCGGUGGAAAACAGCUCCACCAGCCAGAGAUUCAUGCUGGGCUUCACGGGCAGGAGGACGUCCAAGCCUGCCAUGUCUGGGCACUACCUGCUCAACAUCUCCACCUACGGCCGCGGCUCGGAGAGUUUGAGGAGAGGCUUCUCUGGGAGCGCCGAGCCCCGCCUGGGGCUGAGCAGCCCCGCCGAGGGCGCCAGGGCAGAGCUGGGCGAGGCCGAGGACACGGGCGGCCAGGGCAGCAGCAGCGAGGAGGACGCGGACGACGAGAGCUCCGGGGACGAACGGGAGCACAGCAGCGUCAAAGAGGAGCCACGGGCGGGGCAGGGGGAGAAGGAGCAGGGCUCACACGGCCCUGCAGAGCCCGGCUCCCUGGGGGCAAAGGCUGCCAAGGCCGAGGCAGCCCCGGUGCGGCCGGCAGCCAAGGAGAAGGUGCCAGCAUUAGAUGGCACUGCGCUGGCCCGGGACCUGCUGCAGGCGGCGCAGGAGCAGAUGGCCCACGCCAUGAGGGGCAAGGGCCACGGUGGCACGGAGCUCUUCGGGCCCCCCACCCCGUCCUUGGACCCGGCACAGCCCCCGCUGCUCCCUGCCCCGCACCCCCCGAAGCUGCCCGGGAGCGCCGGGGCGCAGCUGCUGGGGUCCAGCUACAGCGGCACCAUCAACGUCUCCACCUCGCCCGACGUGGGCCAGGGCUCGCUCAUGAGCGAGUGCAACCAGCUGGCCAGCUCCAUGGGCAACGUCAUGUCCUUCUCCGUGACCGUCACCACCAUCCCCACCGGGCAGGCCGUGAACUCUGGCGGCCACGGGCAGAGCCUCCCGGUGCAGGCGUUCGCCGAGGACGGCGCCAUGGAGGAUCCCCCUUCCAAAUGUUACUGCAGGUUGAAAGCCAUGAUCAUGUGCAAGGGCUGCGGUGCCUUCUGCCAUGACGACUGCAUCGGCCCCUCCAAGCUCUGCGUCUCCUGCCUCGUGGUGCGGUAACGGGGGCGGCGCGAGGGGAGCAGCACGGCUUCCUCCGGGGGCUGCUGUCGGAAGAAUCUUGGGAAGAAACAGGAAUUUUACUGCCUUGCACAAGAGACACGUUACUGAAUCAGGAAUACAGAGUUAGAGUCCUUCUUUCAUUAACGAAAGAGCACCUUCUUGUACAGGGAGUCGAAAUCGCGCUCGACUACAUGAAUUGUGACAAGAGUUUGCACUUAAGGAAUUAUGUAAAUAUGCCACAUUAUUUUGUUUAAAGAUAUUUUUUCAAUCUUUUAGGAGAUAGUGUUUGACUUGUACUGCAGUUCCAGUAACCCCAGCCUGCUCUGAGCACGUUUGCUGAGCUCUGCUCUCCCCGGGGAGAUCCAGCCCACAGCCCAUCGUUGGUUUUCUCCUGGCAGAGGGAACGGGAUAAUCCGAGUCCAGCCGUGUGUGGUGAUGGAGCACUGAGGCAGGAGCCCUGAGCAGGCUCCCUUGGCUGCUCCCAGUUCAGAUCCCUGGGAACUGAUGCCGUGCCAGCCUUUCUCUCCAUUGCCUUUCCCUCUGUUCCAGAGGCCCCUGGGCUGUGCAAUGCAGGCUGGUGUUCCUGGUUUGCAGAUCCCCUCUCCCAGUAUCCCAGCUGAAGGGAGGUGUCCGGGUGUGCUGCUGCUGGAGCUGCAGGGAGCUGGGCUGGCCAUGGCAGUGACCAGAACAGCUCAGUCCUGGGGACUGUCACGGACCCACUGGGAGCAGGGGUCACACAGCUGUGCCUGGCCAGGCAGGGCUGGCAGGACUCUGCUCUCCUGGGCAUUCCCAGAACUGGCAGGAGUCUGCUCUCCUGGGAAUUCCCAGAACUGGCAGGAGUCUGCUCUCCUGGGCAUUCCCAGGGCUGGCAGGAACCUGCUCUCCUGGGCAUUCCCUGAACUGGCAGGAGUCUGCUCUCCUGGGCAUUCCCAGGACUGGCAGGAGUCUGCUCUCCUGGGCAUUCCCAGGACUGGCAGGAGUCUGCUCUCCUGGGAAUUCCCUGAACUGGCAGGAGUCUGCUCUCCUGGGCAUUCCCAGGGCUGGCAGGAACCUGCUCUCCUGGGCAUUCCCAGGGCUGGCAGGAGUCUGCUCUCCUGGGAAUUCCCUGAACUGGCAGGAGUCUGCUCUCCUGGGCAUUCCCUGAACUGGCAGGAGUCUGCUCUCCUGGGCAUUCCCAGGGCUGGCAGGAACCUGCUCUCCUGGGCAUUCCCAGGGCUGGCAGGAACCUGCUCUCCUGGGCAUUCCCGGGAGCUGGAGCUGCCAUCCCACAGCUCAGAGCCAGCUGCUCUUGGGACAAGGGGGCAGGUGAAGGGCACAAAGUGUCACCCUGGGUCCUGCCAUGCUCUGGGAAGCUUUUGUUCUCAUCCAAACACCCCCAUGGUCAGACAUCUCCAGUUUCUGUCCAAGAUUUUGUAUUUCCUGGGUGUAGGGGAAGGCAAUUGAGUGUCUGUCGUUGGGUGGCUCUUUGUGUUUGAGAUACCAAAUUGGGCUGAGCUCAGCUCAGCUGGGGCCCAGCUGGGGGAGGGGUGCUGGGGCAGCCCCUCAGGGCUGACUGGGGACACGGCUGGUGGCACCUGUGCUCCCUGACAGUUCCUGGGUUCCUUCACUUGCACUGAGGGAAAUCAAAGCACAGUGGCCCCGUGUUCCUGGGAGCUGAGGGUGCUGAUGGAGCACGAGUCACCCAGGGCUGUUCUCCUCCCCGGGUGGGUGGGGCCCUCGCUGCAUCCUGGUCAGGGAACAGAGCUAUGUAUGUUUUUGAUGGAAAAGCACUGAAUUCACUUUUAAUCCAAAGGCCUUUUUAAGCUGAAGCAAUAUUCCCCCAGCAGUGGGUUAACUGAGUGGUGCACGGGGUCCUCAGCCUUCCCUUCCCCUCUCCUUUGUACUACUGCUCCCCUCCCCUUCUCCCCGGGAGCCCGGCACUGGUGGGGAGGAGCAGGAAUAAUUCCUGGGUGGUUUUCCACAGAACAAGAGGUGCCCAAGGCUGCCAGAGCUCCAGGAGCCUUUGACAAGGCUCUCAGGCACAGGGUGGGAUUGUUGGGGUGUCCGUGCAGGGUCAGGAGUUGGACUGGAUGAUCCCUGUGGGUCUGUUCCAGCACAGGAUAUUCCAUGACUGUGAUUUAGUUGGUGGUGACAAGGAAAAGGGAGUUUCAGACUCGAUCCCGUGGCAGCAGGAGCGUUUCCCUCCCUGUGUGGGGAGUGCAGCUGCCUCUGGAGCAGCAGGAGCUGCAGCAUCACCUGCUCUGGGUUCUGCCACCUGAAAUUUCCUGCAGAGCAGUGACCCCCCACUGAUGUGAUUCCACAUCGCUGCUCAGGCAUCCCAUGGUGAGGAGCAUUUAGGGAUUAGAAAUUAACUUGAUUUUUUAAAUCUAAAACAUUGCACAAAAUUGUCCCCACGAGCAUCUCCCGCCCGUGGCGGUGGUGGGGGUAGCCCAAGAACCCCCGGCCUGUGCCACCUUCCUGCCACUGCCCACUUGCAGCUCUUGCUGGGGAAGAGGAAAUCCUGCAUUUUUGUAAACCUGGGGAGGGAGGCAGUGUGGGCUGGUUUGGAGCUGAGAGCAGGAUCUGUCCACUCCUCCCUCGCUAGUCCUGGACAGACACUUCCAUUCCUGGCUGGGCCGGCCCAGGAGAGGCCAACGUGCAUUUGACAGAGUCCUUCUCAGAGGAGAGUGAGAGGUUUCUGUGCACACUUGGGUCAGUUCUGGUCUCUCCUUGGCUCCUCUCAGGGUGAUUUUCCAGGCUGUUGGAGAGGGGGAAGCAGAGGAUGAGGAGGGAGCUGUGACCCUGAGCACUCACAGGCGUUUGGCUGCUGCAGCUGCCGCUGGAAGGGCUCUUCCAGAGCUCCCCUGGCACUUCCCAAGCCAUCCCUGCCCAGCUGGUUCCUCCUGCUGGAUUUCCCUUGCUGAGCGUGGGCUCGCUGUGCCCGUUCCCUGGCAGUACAGGGGAAUGCCAUUCCCAGAGCCAUCCCGUGGGAAUGUGCCCAUCUGGCUGUGCCAUCCAGGAGGGGCUGGCUGGUGACCCGGGGUGGGACACUCGGUGACCCGGGACAUGGAGGUGGCCUGGCUGGCAUUGGCCAGGGUAGGAUGGUGCUGGUGGCUCGGGAGUUUCCACCUGUCAGUGCCUUAGUUCCAUUUCAUGGAUCCACACUUAGCUUGGGCUACCUUUCUUCUGUUUCUUUUUAAGGAAAUCGAUUCUCUCGGUGCCCAUUGAGGUCUGAGCACGCUCCUGGUGCAGCCUGGGGGAGCAUCUCCGAGGGCGAGCACAGGGCACUGGGUGUGAGGAAAUUGUUUGGGAUAAGGGGCUGGGUGUAAAAAUCCAUGGAAUAGGGACAAAGCCCGGGAAGUUUUGUGUGCUGCAGCUGGGUGUGGGAUGAUGGCUUUCAGAAGGGGGAUCCUGUGGAGUUCCUGGGGGGGGACCAGCCUGUCCCGCUGCUGAGGCUCCUUCCCAUCGACAGUAAAUGCACCUCCACACGGGAUUUAUCAUAAAGGGAUGUCGUGACAGAGUUUAAACCAUUAGACUUCGGUCCCCCAAGAGUGAGUUUAAUAGCACUGCAGGGAAUGGCAGCAUCAAAAAUCCAGGAUUUCCAAAGCCUGAUGGCAGAGUGUUUGUGGCAGGGAAAGGAACCUGAUGAGGGAGGAGGUUUCAGUUUCCCUUUUCAGGACACAGAACUGGAAUUACAGCCUGACCAACGCUUCACUUCCCAGCCCCAAACCCCUCAGACAGGCUGUGGCGCAGGAGGUGCCAGCGCGGCUCUGGGGGUUCAGGUUUUGAGCCAGGUGGGCAGCAAGGGAAGGAAUUCGGUGUGGAAUUUUACUUUCCCUUCGGGAAUUUACAGGAAGGAGGAGGUUCCAAGCAGUUGCACUGGUUGGGAAGGUGGAAUUAUAAUUUUUUUUUUUUGGUUGCACAAAACAGCUGCUGGAGCAGCAGUUCCUGGUCAGGUCGUUACUGGGAGGGACCCUCAGGAGGGAUCCUCGGGAGGGACUCUCAGGAGGGACCCUCGGGAGGGACCCUCAGGAGGGAUCCUCAGGAGGAAUUCUCGGGAGGGACUCUCAGGAGGGACCCUCGGGAGGAAUCCUCGGGAGGGACUCUCAGGAGGGACCCUCGGGAGGGACCCUCAGGAGGAAUCCUCGGGAGGGACUCUCAGGAGGGACCCUCGGGAGGGACCCUCAGGAGGAAUCCUCGGGAGGGACUCUCAGGAGGGACCCUCGGGAGGGAUCCUCAGGAGGAAUCCUCGGGAGGGACUCUCAGGAGGGACCCUCGGGAGGGAUCCUCAGGAGGAAUCCUCGGGAGGGACUCUCGGGGGAGAGGCAGCAAAGACCAUCCGGGGCGGGAGGGUGGAUCGGGAGCGGCUUUGGGGCUUCUCUCCUCCCGGGGGGCUCCGUGCGAUGGUUCCUGAGACCCGCGGGCGGUGCGGAGAGCAGGGCCGGGCUGGGGUUUCCCACAGCGGGAAUGUGGGAGGCGGCGGGGCCGUGGCAGCAUCACUUUGCUGAUUAAUUAUGACAGGUAAUUGCAGGGGUGGGCAGGGCGCUGCCGGCUGCCCGGGAGCAGAGCUCCGCUGCCGCCGGGUGACACGGGGACAGGGGACAGGGGACAGGAGCUGGGUGCCGGGAGGGAGCGGCCCCGGGUGGUUUUUAACGCUUGCGUUUGCUGUACGUGCAGAGCGAGUCGGAGAGCUUACAGUAAUAUAUUUUAAGUAAUAUAUAUUUUAGUAUCUGAAAAGAGAGGGCAAAGGAGGGGUUCUGAGUGGUGACAGGGUACCGGGGGCAGUUCCUCGGCCAGGCCAGCGGGGUUACUGCAGCACAACUGAAGAGGCUCCGUUCCUGCCGUUAAUGCAAUAAAAACGGGAAUUCUCACAAAGAAGCAAUCCAAUACUGUUUCCCAGAGGCUUUUCCUGUGUGGACAACAGGCCUGUAAACAUAGUUCCAAAAAUCCUAAACCUUUGUCUUUUGCCUUUUUAAAAGGGACUUUGAUUGGGCUUGAGGGUCUGUACAGCAAAAUCGAGGUGACACCAUUUGAAAAUGUAUUUUUACACAAAUAAUAUAGAAAAAAAUCAUAUUUUACAUAAGAAUUUUAAGUAUUUGAAAUAUGUGUAUAUAUAUACUGUAUGUACUUCGUAUAUGCUUUAUUUUACAUUUUCAAUGUAUUAAAAAGUAUUUGAGCUGG